AGUUAAUAUAAGUCGACAACUGAGUAAACAUCUCAAGAUUUCUAACGACAACUUCUUGUAAAAGGAACGAUAUUUUUCAACAUGAACGCAGUAUUUUUAUUUCUUACUGUUUGUAUAUCAAGUAGCCUCUCUUUGAACUACACAGGUAAGUUUAUGUCGUGUUUUGUAAUCAUUUUAAGAAUAUAGAUCGAUUCGAUUCUUAUAUGACGUUUUUGGAGCGACACGGAAUGUCAGCACUUCUUUCUUCCUUAACUUGCGCGUUAUAUAAAUUGCGCACUUUUUGCGGUUACAAACUAGUCUUAUUGAUAAGAUGAUAAGAUUGCUCAGUACUUCACUACAAGUCUACAACUACCUUCGCCAAAAACUGAAAAUCUUAAAGCCUGUUCUAAACGUCGCAUUUUACAUGCGCUGAAUCCAUUCAAAACAACGGAUAAUGAGGCAUUUCAGCUGAUUAUCUAUUGUUUUGAAUGAAUUCGGCACAUGUAAAAUGCGACGUUUAAAACAGGCCUAAGAAAAGCUUCUGUUAUGACGGAGCUAAACUGUGAAACUCAUGACCUGCAAAUAUGCGUGAUUGAGAUACAUUAUCAACAUUCGUAAAUGCAAUUGACGCUUGUAAUUUCUAAUGUAAUGUUAUUAAUUUUGUAGUUAAAGCUACGUUUACACGCUACGAUUUGUUGAGUGCUGGCGCCAUGGUUCGUUGCCGUUUCGUUAAAAGAAAAUUUCAAAUCUAGCCAGCUUACGCGUGUUUACCUGAUGACAUACGCCAGAAAACAAAUCGUACACGAUUAAUUGCAGCGUGUAAACGUAGCUUAAAAAACUCAUUAAUAAUUCGUAAAGAAAAGACAAAGGAAAUCACUACCGUGUCGUUGGUGUUAUGUACUAGAUAAAACAUGAGCAGCCGAUCUGUAUCCAAUAUACAAACUCGAGCCGAAGGCAGUUUGUAUAUCAGAUACAAAUCGGAUGCGAAUCAGCACAUAGUUGACUGGGCCAGCGUGUGAUAUUUUAAAUAAAGUUUUACCUAUACCUACCUACCUCUUAUGUAGCAUAGAUAUCUUGUAUACACUAGAUAGCGCAUCUCUUUUAGUAAUAUUGAAGCCAAGAAUAUUCCAGCGGUUACCCGCAUUUGAAUAGAUGGCGGCCAUGUUGGUCGUUCCCACUCGCUAAUAAACGCUUAAAAACAACAAUAACUUUCAUCAUUUGAUUAGUUUAAAAACGUAUUUGGAAUAGGGUUAACUUAAUGUUUAAGUUUUCUGUUUGAGAAAUAGAAAACAUACGAAUCUUCUCGUUUCAUGGGAACAACCUGAGACUGCAAUCACGGCUUCAAUUUUUGAAUUGCAGAAUAAUUAGAUGCACUAUCUAGUGUCAAGAUAUCUAUGUUGUGUAGUCAUAUUGUAGCAAAUCAUAGAGAUACCAGAUAGAAAACGUAAUAGGGCAAAAAGUCGAAGGCAAAAAGUCGGUCUGCCAGUACGGCCUGAUACGGUGGUAAGCUGUAAAACAUGGAAUCUGGAAUCCUGGAAUCUUGGAAUCCUGGAAUCUUAUCAUAUAACCGCAAAAUAUGUUAUUAUCAAGAUAUUAUUAUUAUACUUGUUCUGCAUGCGAUGAUUUAAUCAGAGGCAGACAUUGGUAAUAUAUUAUAAGUAUAUAAUACGUUGCAGAGUUUAGUAUGUAUAUCUUGAUGCCAAUGCAUAAUAAUGUAAACGCUGUGCGCGCAUCUAAAUAAUAUCGUCGGUUUAUGAUGAGAGUUAAAAUCAAGUGCGUAGCAAGAUGACCAGGCGGGAGACAACUAAAGAGACCAUAUACAGUAUAUAUAUCAUUGCAAUCAGGAAAAGCUUAAUUAGAUGCACUAUAACACCUCGUAUUCCGUCAAUAAAUACCACACUUGCAAACAAUUGCCGAGUUCAUAUAGUCUAUUAUCAACGAAUUAAGGUUAUAUACCACGUGCUGUAUAACUCACAUAGCAUAUGAGCCUCAUUAACCACGUGCUACUAUAACCUUAGUACUUCGUUGAAUAUAGACUAUAUGAACUCGGCAAUUGUUCGCAAGUGUGCUAUUUUUUGACGGAAUAAGAGGUGUUAUGCUUGGGUGUUAUGGUGCAUGCAUCUAAUUGAGGUUUUCCUGAUUGCAAUGAUAUAUAUACUGUAUAUGGUUUCUUUAGUUGCCUCCCGUCUGGUCAUCUUACUACGCACUUGAUUUUAACUCUCAUCAUAAACCGACCAUAUUAUUUAGAUGCGCGCACAGCGUUUACAUUACUAUGUACUGGCAUCAAGAUAGACAUAUUAAACUCUGCAACGUAUAGUAUACUUAUAAUAUAUUACCAAGGUCUGCUUUGAUUAAAUUAUCGCAUGCAGAACAAUAUGUUGCAUAAGUAUAAUAAUAAUAUCUUGAUAAUAACAUAUUUUGCGGUUAUAUAUGAUAAGAUUCCAGGAUUCCAAGAUUCCAGGAUUCCAAGAUUCCAUGUUUUACAGCUUACCAGUCUCACCUUGUGCAUUUCUCUUGCUGACUCGGUGAAUCUUUCUUGAAAUUGAAUGCUAGAUGAAGAAGUUAAAAAGAGUUGCAAUUGUGAUUAGGUUAAAGAGAAGUUUUACUGUAAUCUUGUAUGAAUUGCUCAAACCUUUUCUAGUUUUAUCCAUACAUAUUUAUGCUUUUUUUGAAACCCAAUUCGCAUUUCCGAUUUCGCAUACAAGUUUACAAACUCAUCAGUCAAAUAUAAUCAAUAUGUGUUCAGCAGCAAAGCUGUUAAAUCGAUUGGCGAUUAAAAAAACAACGACCACAACAGCGAAGUAAUUUUAGGACAGUGUCAGAGAUCACCUCAUCACAGUUCCGCUUUUGAACAUGGGUUAUAAACCAAAUAAACUAUAGUUAUAUAGCUUUUUCAACUAACUUCUUCGUACAGAAAUCCCAAGCAACUUUUUAGCACACUUCAAAUACUAAUUUGAUUGAAAAGCGGGCAGAUGUACAGCUUUGUCAACAUGUGUUUUCAGCAGACUAGUCAGUCAGAAUGAGAAAAUAUGGAAGUAUUGUAUAUUGGAAGUAUUAUAUUGUAUUUGGGGGGGGGGGGAUGCAAAUGAGAGAUGUAGUUUAAUUUGCCAGUGAAAAAGCAUCGUCCAAAAGAGGAUAGAGUUGGUGAGAGUUGUAUCUCACUCGCGUUUGACUGCCACCUCUUCUUGAUUCUCAUGAACUCUCUUCAAUUUCCAUGAGAUUUGAUGAGAGUUCUAAUUCGUGAAAAUCCAGUCAACUCUCAUCUACUCCCGCGAAACUCUUGACCGAGGCAUGAGAGUUGAGAAAACUCUGUAUGCAAACUCACGCUUCUCAACUCUCAUCCUCGUUUGAGCAAGACUUAUACGAAGAUCUCUGAAGUUCAUCACCAGCUGUUGCCUUUAAUGAAACUGGCCAAUACUACAAUGCAGGCAGGACUCAAAAUAGCGGGCUGCCAAUGGCCAAAAGCAGGCAAUAUUUUAGAAAUGGCAGGCACAUAUACUACAUCAUUUAGUUGACUAAAUACGUUUAUAUUUGAAAUGUAAAUUCAACUCAGAUAAGUUUAAAAACAAUAAAAAUGCAUAUCAUGAACAUUGAUUUUUACAAUAUGACUCAUGAGACAUUGGCAUUUUGGCAGUUCAAUGAAUAACAAGACGCUCCACGGAGCGUUAGUCGCUGGGGCGACGAAAAUAUGCAACUUUGAGUACAAGUAAUAGCACUAAUUAAAGAAAAACGUGUUUGUUUUUCCGAAAAUAUUGAUUCUUGAAGUUUGCCUGGUAGUUAGCGCUAACAAUUAAAACAACUGAGUUGUAAACAAGUACAACCAUGUAGCAAUGUUGUUUUAAUAGUCAUAUACUAGUAUAUAUACUGUAUACACUAUAGUGUAUCGCAUGUGUUAAAAUUAUAAGCGUUUAUCCUAGCUGUUGUCAUUACACAGAUCGGCUGGUGUUAUGUUACCAACUGGCCAAGUUAAAACCGAACUUUAAUAGCUAGCUAGUUAGUGCAUCGAAGGCUGGUAUGUAGAUUAGUAGAUAUGAUUAAAGCGUUAUUGCUAUACAUGGUUGUAGACACAGGUCAUUAGCUAGUCGCUUGGUAAUCAUGCGAAAUUCUUUAUGUAUUAGAGACUAGACAGACGUUAUAAUGCGUCUAGUUUCGAGGCGAAGAAUAUUCUUGCCUUUCAGCGUGCAGUGUAAAGGCGGCGAACUGCAUGGAAUAAUAAUAUAUGUUUUUGUGCCAAGAAAUAUUCCAAGUUACCUCCACACGAUAUCAGGAAAUUGAGUUCCUCCUUUUCAGCUUGUAGUAAUACAUUUUGUCCCAAUGAACCUUAAUCCUUCAAUAUUUAAUAGGAAUAGGAUGUAGUCGUAGACUCGAAAGAAGCAGGCGAUGUCUGACUUUAACUUUAAUUUAUGUAGAUCCAAAAGACACAAAUAUUAUUACUGACUGGAAAGUUUGGGAAUUGCGCGCCGGAUAUUUUGAAAAUUCAAUAGUAUAAAACAUAUAGAGGGCAUCAAAACUGCGCGCCCGAUAUCUCCGCGGCUCCUGAGUAGUUUUGGGUUACCUAUGCACUAGGCGCGCAAAGGACACUUGGGAGAAGUCGACGACGAGCAAAACGUUAAAAGUUUCGUUUUAUUUGGGACUUUUUUAGUCUUUUUUCGAGUAUUGAAAUAUAUUUUUCGAGUUUAAUUAAAUAUAUAAAAUUAUAUACAAAUUAUCUACUUCCCUCCUCGAUAACAUAACAGUGAAACAUCGUGAUAACUUUUAGUGAAUUCUUAAUAUAUUUCUUUCAAAAAAACCCAAAAGAAAAGACACUACUGGACCAAAUAUUCAAUAGCGAACUUUUGCACGCUAUUCCAUGGUCGCCAUUUUGAUUUUGAUUUCGUAAGAAUUACGUAAUUAAAAUGACGUAAUUUGUCAUUUUGUGGCGUGCCAAACGGCAAACCUAGAAUCGGUGAGCACCACAGUGGCCCCACCGACUAAAAAUGGCAGGCUAAAAUUUAUCUCACCUGACUGGCAGGCCAUAUUUUUUUCUCUACUUCGAGCCGUGAAUGCAUGUCACUGUGUUUACAUCUAUUUCCACUAUAGACGUGAAGUGCUACCAAUACGCAGAACCGAAAAAUGGCAAACUGAUCUGUCAGAAAGAUGUUACAGCGACAGUGAGUUGUCACGUGAGAUGCAAUGGUGGUUUUGAUGUGGAGUAUUUGCAAGCAGAAAGCUAUACAUGCACACCUGACGGAGCUUGGAAAGUCGAACCUGAGUUAAUGACUUUGCCAUGGCCAAACUGUAUUAUAUAUGGGUAAGACUACUAAGACUACUAAGAUCUAGACUAUACUUUCUUGCCUUUAAUACCCAAUCUAUUUGUUAGCAAUAAAACUUUGUGAAACGUCUUGAUGAGAACAUUCGUAUUCUUCAACAAUUUAAAAUAAAUGAAUGAUUUUUGGUAAGAAAAUUAAACUUUUAUUUCUAAAUGACUUUGUAUCAGAUAUACAAACUCCUUCACGCUCAUGAUUUAUUUAGUGUUUUCAUGAAUUAUUAAGAGGCAAUUUUUUUCAAUGUCACGUAUUCGCAAUGAAAAGUGUUCAAAACCUAAAAUCUCUUUGGCGUUCCUCUCAAAAUUACUUUGUUUUAGCUUUAUUCUCUAGUUUAUACAGUUAGCUACCUUUUUAAAUGCAUCUGCCGGUUGAUAAACAUACAAUAAUAGUUAAAAAUUGUCAAUGAAAAUACAAUUAUCAAAGAUGCUUUAAAAUGUAUGCCAUAUUUACACAGCAAUACAAACAAAACUUACUGAACUUCAGAAAACAUCAUUUUCUCUUUGGCGUAUCAUCUAAAAUCUUUUCAUUUUAGCAUUAUUUUCAGAUAAAACACUACACAUACUUUUUAAGUUUGUUUGCCGAUUGAGAAACGUGUCGAACAAUGAAAUUUUUGAAUUUAGACUUUAAUCAUAACCUCAAGUGGUAUAUUAUACGCAUUCGUUUUGAGCGCGUGUUACGUAUACAAAAAACCUCCUCUUAAUGCGUUUCAAAUUAAAUCUAUGCCAUAUACAGAAGCGGUCUGUGACAACGUCUGUUGUGCCAGUAGAGGAAUUCAACUACCUGAAUAAUUUUAAUUGUAUUCUGGUUCCGGUUUCAUAUCGUGAAAAAUUAGGGUCGGUAGGUCGGAAAUAAUUUUUUUUUGAAUAUUUUUUUCCAUGGUUGUGGCGAUUUGCAGCAGAGUCCCGACAUCAAUAUUAACUAGAGAGGCGUAUUUCCUAUGGACGAAUUUAGGCAAUUUGGUUCAAUAAUUAAUCAUGUGACAACAGACGCCAUUUUGGCAUGCUGUAUGAGCAGACCAUUGAACUAUAAGUAAACUGGAAGGCUAACUGCUAUGAUGAAGGCCUAUGAUUUGAUGAAGCCGAAAUAGUUUUUCUGAGUUAUGAGCAGAAAUACUUGAUCCCAAACGUUGGGCUAUAUAUCAAAUUGAAGCUAUUGAAAAUUGCUAUUCGGUGAGGAAAUUUCAAGACUUCAGCGAAAAGAAAAAUAUUUAAAAAAUACAAAAACAACUACAAAACGGGAAAUUUUCGGUAAUUAUGUUUGUAAUUUUUCAAUAUUUCCCUUUUAGCUAAAGUCUUGAAAUUUCUACACCAAAUAGCGUUUUUCAAUAGCUUCAAUUUGAUAUAUAGCCCAACGUUCAGUGUUGAGUAUUUCCGCUCAUAACUCAGAAAAACUAAAAUACACUGGCUUCAAUUUCCCCCCCUGAGUUAGCCUUCCAGUUUAUUUAUAGUUCAAUGGAGCAGACCGCAACCACCCGGAGAAAAUAGGGUCGCAAUCGCGUUGAAAAUAAUAGGGUGGGCAGAAAAAAAUAGGGUCGGUCGGGAACCGGAACCACAGGUAUUUUUUUAGGCCCUGUCAAUUCGCAAUUUCUGUCCAUAUAUACAGUAAUGGGUAAAUUAAAAAUAGAUAAAAACUAGACCCAACUUGAUUCCUUGUUAGAAUGUAGGUAGGUAUAACGCCACAAUGUCUAUCUAUCUCAAUCUUCCAAUACAGCAAACCCCUCAGUAUGAGGAUUAUUAGCUGUAUGUCAGUGUUAUAAAUAUAUUUUUAUUUUCUAAUAGACCAGGUAUGCCUAUACCAUGAAUCAACGUACUGUGAAGAAAACUUCGUCUAGUGAUGGUAUUAUAUGUGAUUAAGGAGUUAAAUUUUAGUAUAAUAUAUAUCUUAUCAUAUUUUACAACUGGAGCACUCAGUUCAAAAUGUAAACAAACGUUACAUUACGGACUUUACAUGGCCUUCAAUGAAUGAAAUUUUAAUGGUAAUCUAUUAAAUGAAAUUUUCAAUCAGU